AUGGCUUCUUCAAUCUCGGGACUCUCUUCCUUAAGGUCGAAUGCCGAAAAUCUCACCCGUAAAACCCACCAAACAACCCUUUCACACACCCCAUUUCGAAAGUCUACCAGAUUCUGUCCGCAGCGAGUGGCGCGUGAGGUUCCUCCUACGACCCUCUCCAGCCCCAAUCCCGCCAACGAUGUUUUACUGAAGUCAAUUAAGAAGCCCGAGCUCCAAAAGGAUCCUCAGGAACUAUGGCGGAGGUACAUCGACUGGCUGUACCAGCACAAGGAGCUGGGUCUCUAUCUAGACGUUAGCCGUGUUGGGUUCACUGACGAUUUCUUCCAGGAAAUGGAGCCUAGACUCCAGAAGGCGUUCAAGGACAUGGAUGAGUUGGAAAAGGGGGCGAUUGCGAAUCCGGACGAGGGCAGAAUGGUGGGUCACUAUUGGUUAAGGAACCCGAAGCUCGCUCCGAAAGCUUUCUUGAAGCUGCAGAUCGAGAAUACGUUAGAGCAAAUCUGCCAGUUCGCUGACCAAAUCAUCAGCGGCAAGAUUAAACCUCCUCAUCCAUCAGAUCGGUUUACACAAAUACUUUCUAUUGGAAUUGGUGGUUCAGCUCUUGGACCUCAGUUUGUCGCAGAGGCGUUGGCUCCUGAUAAUCCUCCUCUCAAGAUAAGAUUCAUUGACAAUACAGAUCCAGCUGGCAUUGAUCAUCAAAUUGCACAGCUUGGCCCUGAGCUAGCUUCUACACUUGUCAUAGUCAUAUCGAAGAGUGGAGGUACUCCGGAGACUAGAAAUGGUUUGCUGGAAGUUCAAAAGGCCUUUCGAGAAGCUGGUCUGGAUUUUGCAAAACAGGGUGUUGCAAUUACGCAAGAGAAUUCGUUACUUGACAACACAGCACGAAUUGAGGGCUGGUUAGCUAGAUUUCCUAUGUUUGACUGGGUGGGUGGUAGAACAUCUGAGAUGUCUUCUGUUGGUUUACUACCAGCCGCACUUCAGGGAAUUGAUGUUAAAGAAAUGCUUGCUGGUGCAGCAUUGAUGGAUGAAGCAAAUAGGAACUCAGCGGUAAGGAAUAAUCCAGCAGCACUGCUAGCCUUAUGCUGGUAUUGGGCUUCUGACGGAGUAGGAUCUAAGGUGAAUCAAGGGCUCACUGUUUAUGGAAACAAAGGGAGCACAGAUCAACAUGCGUACAUUCAACAGCUGAGAGAUGGUGUGCACAACUUUUUUGUGACAUUCAUUGAAGUUCUACGUGACAGACCACCUGGCCAUGAUUGGGAGCUUGAGCCAGGGGUCACUUGUGGUGACUACCUGUUUGGAUUUCUACAGGGAACAAGAUCUGCUCUAUAUUCCAAUGAGCGAGAAUCCAUUACUGUCACUGUGCAAGAAGUAACGCCUAGAUCUGUUGGGGCUAUGGUAGCACUCUAUGAGCGAGCAGUUGGAAUUUAUGCCUCUCUGGUCAACAUUAAUGCCUACCAUCAACCCGGUGUGGAAGCUGGCAAGAAAGCAGCAGGAGAAGUUUUAGCUCUUCAAAAGCGUGUUCUUGCGGUACUAAAUGAGGCAAGCUGUAAAGAGCCCGUCGAACCUUUAACUCUCGAAGAAAUAGCUGACCGUUGCCAUUCCCUUGACGAUAUUGAAAUGAUAUACAAGAUAAUUGCACACAUGGCUGCUAACGAUAGAGCUCUUAUUGCUGAGGGGAGUUGUGGAUCGCCCAGGAGCAUUAAGGUUUUCUUGGGGGAGUGCAAUGUCGACGAGAUGUAUGCCUAA